UUCACUGGCGGCCGGCGCAGGGCGGCGCGGCGCCACAUACCAGUCCGCUCGCCGCGCGUGCUGGCUGUAGGACCACGCCUCUGUCCGGACUCAGGACCGACGUAACACGCUGUGAGCCGAGCGAGAAGUGUGGUUGUCAGGACUGACUCAAGACUGAUCCAGGAGAAGUGUUGCCGAAAAGUGUUAUUCGGUGAUUAGACGGACAGCGGCAGGCAGAGACAGUGGUGAUUCAGCGGUAUAGACAGCGGUGACCAGCCAGCAUAGACGGCGACAGCGGACAUAGACGGUGGUGAGCGACAGACUGAGCGGUGGUGAUCCAUCGACAGGGCGUUAGUGACCGGCCGACAGAGCGCCGGUGAGCGGGUCUUAGUGCCCGCCAGGAGCGGGUUUCCUGCCGCGGACACCGCCCUGUGCUUACGAUGGGACGGCCGAGCGAUGACGGAACUGCCGGUCCCGGCUGGGACCCCGGUGUGGCGAGCAGUGACAGCGGUGCCCAGCUGACUGGCGGCGACCAGAAGGCCUAUAGCACGUUCCCGGAGGCGGGGUGCGGCGGCCGACGACCGGCCUACUCGCUGCGCCAGAAGCUGAUGCUGCUGGUGUUCUCGAUGGGCAGCCUGCUGGCGGGCUCCUGUCUGGCCAUGAUGAUCCCGUUCUUCCCGCUGGAGGCGCAGCGGCGCGGUCUCUCGCAGACACUGACCAGCGGCGUGUUCAGCGUGUUCUCGCUCACCCAGCUGCUAACCUACCCGCUGAUGGGCCGCCUGGUGACCGUCUUCGGCAUCAACCGGCUCUACUGCGCCGGCAUGACAGUCACCGCCCUCUCCAACAUCGCCUUCGGCACGCUGUUCCGCAUCGAGAGCGCCCAGUCGUUCAUCGUGAUGUGUUACGUGGUGCGCGUGUUCGAGGCGAUGGGCACGGCGGCGGUGAUCACGACGGCGCUGACGAUGGCGGCCAACCAGUUCUCCCACAACACGUCCACGGCGGUGGCCGUGAUGGAGACGAUGAACGCCAUCGGCCUGUCGCUGGGCGCCGCCAUCGGCGCCGGCCUGUACCACCUGGGCGGGUUCGCGCUGCCGUUCUACUCCCAGGGCUGCUUCAUCCUGUGUCUGGUGGUGCUGAGCGCGCUCUACCUGCCCGAGGUGGAGGCGCCGGCCGAGCAGCAGCGCUCCGACUUCUUCUCCAUGCUGCGCGUGUUCGUGUCGGCCGGAGAGAACUGGCUCUGCUGCGCGAUCGUGUGCACCACGGCAGCCAUCUGGACCACCAUCGACUCGAGCAUCGCGCGCUACGCCAGUGACACGCUGGGCACCACGCCCUCCCAGAUCGGCCUGUUCUUCCUGGUGGCCACGGGCGGCUACGCCGUCUCCAGCCUGCUCUGGGGCCGGCUGGCCGACCGGCUGGUCAACAUCUACCUGCUCAUCUCGGGCUGCCUGCUGGCCACGGCCUUCGGUCUGGCGCUGAUCCCGCCGCUGCCGGGGCUCGGACUGCGCCCCUCCUGGUGGCUGCUCGGCCUCGGCCUCACCGUGAAGGAGGUGUUCCAGGGCGGCGCAUACGUGCCCGUGCUGAACCGCAUGAUCACUGUGACGGUGCGCCAGGGUCUGCCGGCUGACGUGGCCACGCAGGCGUUCACGGCCAGCGUGUUUGGCACGGUGGCCGCGGUGGGAAACGUGCUGGGACCGGUGACGGGCGGCGCCGUCAUCGACGCCACCAACUUCACCUUCAUGGUGCGCUGCCUGGCCACGCUGACGGCGGCGGUGGGCGGCGCGGCCACCGUGCAGGCCCUGCGCAUCGCCUGGUGGCGGCGGCGCAGUGUCGGACGGGAGGACCCGCUGCUGAGCUGAGCUGAGCUGAGCUGAGCGCUGAGCGGGCUGAGCUGCGGCGGGGGCAGAGCGGAGCUCAUAGGAACACGGGGACGGGCAAGAAGCUGUGAUUGACAGUGUGUCGGAACUCGCGGAAGGUAUAAGGAAACAGUAACCAUCAAGAAACAUGCGUAGGUUUGGUCGAUUGCUUUUUAUACCGGCAUAUACUCGUAAUCGUAAAAUACGGACUUGUUUGGCUCUUUCAUAUCGACAGUGCCAUCGACCUUGAAGCUAUGGGCUGGCUGAAUCGAAUCAUAGACCUCUGAAUAUCUCUGAGAUUGAUAUGCAGAGGUCUACGGUCGAAAAAUGCUAUCAUCAAUCAGUGCCAUACCAUUCGGGCUGCAGUGAAUCGGGAGCGCCAGGGGCAUCAGCCGUCACUAACCCGAACCGGGCCCCCGAAGGUGCAGGGGUUUAGGCUCAUGUUGCUUUUCUUGCAAGAUGCCUGCCGCUCUUUCGUGUCUUUUAUCAGCAUCGAGCAAAUGGGCUGUGUAAAUAAUCUACGUACGUACCCAAUUGUCAUGCAUCAUGACUAUAAGCUGCAUCUUGGCUUAUGAUCUGCUACGCCUAUGCUUUUUUCAUGUCGCUAUGUAAACGUUUUUAUGCACAUUUGUAAAGCAUAAAUGAAAUAAAUAAUUUCGUCCCA